AUGAAGUACUCUCUCAUCGCGUCUCUAAUCCUCCAGAGCACUGUCGUGCUCGGAGAGCUCCUGCCCGUCUACCUGCAGGGACCGACGCCUGAUUCCUUCAGGGACAUCGUCCGCAACGACACCUACGACUUUGGUUGCAGAGCUGUCGCCAAGCCCAGCGAAGAUGGCAGCCACUACAAGCUCCAUGCUUGGCUGACCGAGGAGCAGAUCGAGCAUCUGUCCAAGGAGUACGAGAUGGUGCCAGAGGUCUCCCUCCACAGGAGAUCACUCGACAAGAGGGCCAAUGCUCCCAUCGGAACCGGCGAUCGCUUCAGUGCGGGAACCGUCUCCCCUGUCGGUCUUGGCACGCGGGCUUCCGGCACGACCAUCUCCAGCAUCAUGAACGUCGCCGAGAUCAAGUCGGCCUGCGACGCUCUCGUCAAGAACUACGGCAUCGGCUCCGUCACCCUGCCCUACAAGACGUUCAACGGCGCCACCCAAUACGCCUACUUCGUUGGGGCCGGCACCGACAAGUCCCAGUACCACCUGUACUUCAGCGCCGCGGUGCACGCUCGUGAGCGUGGCGGUCCCGACAACAUCAUCUACUGGGUCUCCGACUUGCUCGCUGCCAACAAGGCCGGAACCGGCCUCACCUACGGCAAGAAGACCUACACCAACGCGCAGGUCAAGAGCGUCCUUGCCGCCGGUAUCGUCUUCUUCCCUCUGGUCAACGCGGACGGCGUCGCCUACGACCAGUCCUCCGGCUCCCUCUGGCGCAAGAACCGCAACACCAAGUCCGGCUCCAGCGGCAGCUCCAUCGGUGUCGAUAUCAACCGCAACUUCGACUUCCUGUGGAACUUCAAGAAGUACUUCGACUCUUCCGAGGCGCCCGCUUCCACCUCGCCCAGCUCGGAGGUCUUCUAUGGCACUGCUGCCGAGUCCGAGCCCGAGACCAAGAACCUUGUCUCCGUGUACGAUUCUUUCCCCAAGAUCAGAUGGUUCAUGGACAUCCACUCUGCCGUCGGUGACCUUCUCUACAGCUGGGGUGACGAUGACGACCAAACGACCACUUCCACCAUGAACUUCCUCAACUCUGCCUACGACGGCAAGCGCGGCCCCGUUGGUGACUCGGCGUACAAGGAGUACAUUCCGGCUACGGAUCUCAGCAACAUUAGAACUGUUGGCACUGCCAUGGUCAACGCCAUGAAGGCGGUCGGUGGUCGCGCCUACACGUCCAUCCAGGCCGUCGGCCUGUACCCUACGUCGGGCGCCAGUGACGAUUAUUCCUUCUCUCGCUUCUGGGCCAAGCCCGGCGUCAACAAGGUCUACGGAUACACCUUGGAGUUUGGCCCCUCUGGUAACUUCUACCCGACCACGGCUGAGUUCAACACGAACAUCCUGGACACGAACGCGGGCUUCAUGGACUGGGCGUUGGCGGCGAUUAGCGUCGGUCUGGAGUGA